AAUUACCACAAACUCAAGAGAUCCUCAGAUAGUCGCUACUCAGGAGGCAAUGAGCGAAUCGUAUUCUGAGGCUAACGUAGCUGAACGGAGAAGGUUGCAGAAUCGGCUCAGCCAAAGAGCAUCUCGAACGAGAAAAGCCAAGCAGGCACUUCUAGCCGGGGUAGCGCGUCGUCCGCGAGGGAGGCCCAGAAAAACUGAUUUAGACAAAGAUAAUGAUCUUCUUCCUGUUGAGAAGGCAAAUGAGCCCGCUGUCAAUGGACCUCACGUCAUCCAGUCGGCAGUAAUAUCAACCCAGAUAUUUCAAGAUGCUAGUAGCAAAUCCGAUAUCACUCAAUCGAGGAAUUUGUCCAUAUGUUCCUGCGAUGCGGCUGAGAUGCUUCAGCUGAUAGGCCGACUCUCCAUCGGGGUUUAUCACGGCAUGCACACCGACGCUGAUCCAUCGGCUGAUAUGCUUUUUUCAUUAACCCAAUUCAAUGUAUUGCGAGCUAUGUAUACCAACAUAUCAUUAUUGGGUCUCACGAUGGAUGAUAUCAAAAGCGACAUGGUAUCAACAUUUUCCUGCUCUAAUAUUCAAGAUUUAAAACCUCCAUCGUCACUACCUCCUUCACUGGCACCAACUCAGCUUCAGAAAUCUAUUAUCCACCACCCAUGGAUAGACCCUUUCCCGCUUCCUACAUUCCGCGACACGUUAUUAUUGGCCUCUGGUCUCUAUGACGAGGAAGAGCUUUGUAACGACCUUGUUGGGCAAUGUGGAGGGGGUCAAGGCCAAGUCGGGAUCAUUAUCUGGGGCCAGCCUUGGGACCCUCACGCCUGGGAGAUGAGUGAGAAAUUUGCUCGCAAAUGGCAUUGGCUGUUUGGAGGAUGCCAGGAAUUACUCGAUUCAACCAACUACUGGCGUUCUCAGCGAGGUGAGCCUAGUAUGUCUAGCGUGUAUGGUUUUAACAUUGCGCCGGCCGAGGUUAUUUGGCGUCCGCGAAGCUCGAGCUCAUUGUAGGAAGCUUCUCCAGACGAAUAAUUGGCCAUUUUCAGGAGGAUAUAGUUACGAAGGGGUGAAAACAUUUCAGAUAUAUUACGGCUAGAAAAUUUAAUGUAUGAUGUCAGGAGCUACAGCAUUAUGCGACAAUAAGAUGGCUAUAACCAUCAAUAUUGGCUCCUAUUGGUGUGAAAGUUGACCGCUCUUGAUACAUUGAUUGAUAUAUUAAUUGGCGUAAC